CAACAGAAUAAUAAAUCAUACCAGUUAUCAUUUUAAAGUUGUAAUAGUUUUGUUACAUGCAAAAGUCUUAGAUUAGAACAUGUAACGUUAUAUAAGCAUAUAAUUGUGUUGCCUCAGACUCAUAAAAUCAGCGUUACUCAAUACCUACACAGGCUUCAAAACACGUACACAUAAAUAGAAAAUACUUCUCUUCGUUCUCGCAAAACCCGAUUAAAACAACAAACAAAAGAUGUAACUGUUUUACAUGGUUUUGCAUGAUUUGAAAACUAAUCGUUUGAAUUUCACAGAUCUUACCCAACAGAACCACUCCUACGCAUCCAUGUGUUCCAAAUUGAUAUAUGACAAUAUCUACUUUCGAUCACGUGUUGCGGGGCGACUUAGACGGAUUGCGCGUCAUCUCGCCUUCCCAAAUUUUCUCCUUCUGCAGCCCGAAUCCAAAACAUCAUAUCUGUAGUACGGACUACAGGAGAAAGAUGUUUAACUCUGUUAAUCUGGGCAACUUCUGCUCCCAGACGCGUAAAGACCGGACAUCCGAGUUCGGGGACAGGACGGGCUGUGCCUCCAACAUCUACCUCCCCAGCUGCACCUACUACGUUCCAGAAUUUUCCGCCGUCUCUUCGUUCCUUCCACAGGGGCCCUCGCGACAAAUCACAUACCCCUAUUCCACAAAUCUAUCUCAAGUGCAACCAGUGCGAGAUGUUUCUUAUGGUCUGGACCCGUCCAGCAAAUGGCACCACAGAACCAACUAUGCAUCUUGCUACUCAGGAGAAGACCUGGUGCACAGAGACUGUCUUCCGCCAUCCACCAUGACAGAAAUGCUCAUGAAAAACGAGAGUGUGUACAGCCACCACCACCACCACCACCAGCAUCAUCCGAACUCUAGCCACCCUUCCACCGGUUUCUACGCCGGCGUGGGGAAAAACAACGUGCUCCCUCAAGGUUUUGACCGCUUUUUUGAAACCGCUUAUUGUAGCACGGACAAUCAGUCAGAACAUUGUUUACAAAAGAGCGAGAUGAACAAAUUAGAGACUUCGUCCCAACAAGCCACAACUGUUUCCGCAGCGCAAGAGCCGGAAAAGGACCCAGAGGAUGAGGAGGAACAUACCAAUUCGGGCUCGUGCACUUCAGCAGCUACUAAGGACGGGAACGCGAGCAAGAGCAGCCAUUCGAGUACUCCGCGCACAAGAAAGAAGAGAUGUCCAUACUCCAAGUUUCAGAUUCGUGAACUGGAGCGAGAAUUUUUCUUUAACGUUUACAUCAACAAGGAGAAAAGGCUGCAGCUGUCUAGAAUGUUAAACCUUACUGACAGACAAGUCAAAAUAUGGUUUCAGAAUCGUAGAAUGAAAGAAAAGAAAUUAAGCAGAGAUCGCCUGCAGUAUUUCUCUGGGAAUCCGUUGCUGUAAUUGUUGAAAUGGCGUUGUCUGUUAUUUAAUAUUUCUGCAAACUCAAAUUACGUAUUUCUAAAUAUCCCCAUCAAUCUGCUAAAAAUAUUUUUUUUCAAGGCCAGCAACAAUAUUAAAAACUGUUUUUAAAGGUUAACGUGACUGUAAUGGCUAAGGCUGGGGACAGAAAAUGCAAAUUGUGAAUCACAAACUAGAAAUGCCAGUUUAUAUUGACACCAAGAAAGUGUCAAUAUAAACUGCCAUUUCUAGUUUGUGAUUUACAAAGUAAAACUUACACUUCUCAAAAAUUACAUUUUUUUUUCAAAAUGUAUGUGACACCUCUUUUAAGUGAAAUGUUUGAAAUCUCCACUUAGAAAAUGGUCACAAAAUAGCCUACUAUAAUAUAUUAUAAAAUUGUAUCCUUUAUCCUUUUAUGGUUGUAUAUAUGUAUAUUAAAACACAUACACUCGACUCUGGUUUAAAUCUGGAGAUGUCAUACUUUUUUAUGUUUUCACCAUUUAGAACUGUGACUUGUACAAUCUGUAAUAUUGUAUUCCUUGUACAGAGAAUAUGCAUUGUGCAUUCGUGAAUGUAAAUAUAAUGUUAUUUUGAGUAUCCUCACCC